AUGGAGCUGCGGGAGCAGAAGCCACCGAUCUUCACAAACCGCGACUGCAUCCAGAAGACCUUCCUGGACAAGGGGCUGCCCUACAUCAGCAGCCUCGCCCUCGAAAACACCCGCGCCCUCGCCGGCAUCAUUCACUGGAACCACCAGCACGGCAUCCGCUUCUUCCGGCUGUCGUCCAACAUUUUGCCCUGGUGCACGGAGUAUGAUCUGGAGCAGUUGCCGGACUAUGCCGCCAUAGCCGAUGAGCUGGCGUUUGCGGGGAAGCUCGCGCGCGCGUACGAUCAGCGGCUGACAUUCCACCCUCCCCACUUCAUCAAGCUGGGCGCAGAGGACGGGCCCCUGGUGGACAGAAGCAUCAAGGAGCUCGAAGUGCACUCACAGGUGUUGGAUUUGAUGGGCUACACGCCGUCGCAUGAGAACAAGGUGAACAUCCACGUCGGCGGAGUGUACGGCGACAAGGAGGCCACGCUGCAGCGCUUUGCUGCCAACUUCCGGCGGCUGAGCCCCGGCUGCCAGAAGCGGCUGACGGUGGAGAACGAUGACAUUCCCAACUCCUACUCCAUGCAGGACCUCCUGCCGCUGCAUGAUAAGACUGGCAUCCCCUUGGUGUUCGACUUCCAUCAUCAGAAGUUCUGUCCGGGGACGUGGACAACAAAGGAGGCUGUGCAUGCUGCGAUAGCGACAUGGCCAGAAGGCGUCCGCCCUGUGGUGCACUGGAGCGAGUCACAGGAGGGCCGCAAGCCGCAUGCACACUCCGACUACGUUUCUGGUCCCAUGGAGCUGUAUGGGCUGGAGGACAAGGUGGAUGUGAUGAUAGAGGCCAAGUGCAAGGAACGAGCCCUACUGCGCUUCAGAGAGGCACAAGCAGCCGGGCCCACGCCAGACAUGCAGUUGGCAGUCAAGUUUCUGUGA